GUUAUCACGAUAAUUUGGAAUAGUAGCAUAUUACAUAAAUUUUCAGUGAAUUUCGCUAAAUAAGAGCAAUUUUCGAAAAAUUUGCUCUUUUUUUCAAAAAAAUUACAAGAUACUAAUAUAAUAUGCACGAUAAAUUAGUAGUUUGUCGGCAUCAGCCAUCAAAGAAGUCAAUCACCUCUUUGAGGUCAAUGCCUCCUGACACUUUAGACUUCUUGGUAGUUAGUAUAUAUAUUAUUUAUUUUUAUUUUAAUCAUAUUCUUUUUUUUUCACUUUCCUCCUCUCUUUCCAACUACUUUCUUUGUUCAACCCAUUCCUUGUUAUCAUAUUCUUCAUGAAAUUGCUGAAACUGAGCUGAUAAUAAAGAUAAACCCAAGAAAUAUGAAGAAAAAGCUUCUAAGUGCCUUCUCAAAGUCGCAGUUAUUCAAUUUAACACUGUUUCUCCAGUUACAUCUGUUUCUCUCUUUAUCUGAAAAUCAUUUUGGGGAAUGUUUGCCAAAGAAAUGCGGCAACCACAGUAUAACAUAUCCAUUCCAUAUUAUAAACCAGCAAGAAUCUUAUUGUGGGUAUCCUGGUUUUGAGGUGUCCUGUAAUAAUGAUAGAAUUCCUUUGCUGAAUAUAUCAGGGAAUACUUAUUUGAUAAAGAAUAUUUGGUAUGAGAGCAUGAAGUUUCAAAUCAUAAACUCUGCUUUGGUUGAUAGUAUUGCAAAAACAAGUGAUUGUUUUGAUUCGCUUAAGAAUAUGUCAUUCAGGGACGAAAGAUUCAAGUUCGCAACGAAUCACAGUGAUAAUGUGCUCCCAAAUUGCUCAGAAAAAGUGUUGGAAGAGAAUAAGGAAAAAAGGGUGAAAUGUGGGAGUUUAGCAAUGUAUAGGAAUGAUUCGAAACUGCAGGAUUUGGUGGGACAGUGUAAUGGUGUUGUUAUUGAAGUUCCAUAUAAUGAUGAGGAUAUGAAAGAUGGGAGAAUAACAGAUAUGUUAAAAAGUGGAGUGUUUCUGAACUGGAAGGCUUAUAACUGCACAGCUUGUUUGGCAACUAACGGGCAGUGUGGAUAUGAUGCAGAUAAUAAUCAAUUCAAUUGUUACUGCCCUGAUAGAACUCAUGCUCUUCAAUGUGCUCUACCACAUGUUCAACCUGGUACUAGAAAGGUUCGGUUGUUGCAUAUAAUUCUGGGAAUAGGUGGAGGAGUUAUGCUUUUGCUUGUAGCAUUCAUGGCCAUCUGGCACUGCAAGAAGCUGAAUUUCGGUCACUCGAAAUAUGUGUCUCGGAGUGCUUCCCUUGACCAUAGUGCAUCGGAUCCCGAAAAGGGAAAUGUAUACUUUGGUGUGCCCCUCUUUACGUACAGUGAACUUUUAGAAGCCACUGACAAUUUUAACGAGUCUAAAGAGCUUGGUGAUGGAGGCUUCGGAACAGUGUAUUAUGGAAAGUUAAAAGAUGGAAGGGAAGUUGCAGUGAAACGUUUGUAUGAAAAGAGCUUCAGAAGGGUGGAGCAGUUCAUAAAUGAAAUUCAAAUACUCACCUGUUUGAGACACCAAAAUCUUGUAUCUCUAUAUGGAUGCACUUCCCAGCACUGCAGGGAACUAAUCCUUGUAUACGAGUACGUGGACAAUGGCACAGUGGCUGAUCAUCUGUAUGGUGACAAGGCAAAACCCGGAUUACCGACCUGGCCUGUUCGUCUCGGAAUUGCCAGAGAGACAGCUAGUGCACUCUCUUAUCUCCAUGCAUCUGAUAUUGUUCACCGUGAUGUCAAAACUAACAACAUUCUCCUUGACAGCAGCUUCAAAGUUAGGGUGGCUGAUUUCGGGCUUUCUAGACUCUUUCCUACUGAUGUAACCCAUGUGUCAACAGCACCGCAAGGGACUCCUGGGUACGUUGAUCCUGAAUAUCACCAGUGUUAUCAGCUCACAGAUAAGAGUGAUGUUUACAGCUUUGGUGUUGUUCUUAUUGAGUUAAUAUCUUCUUUGCCCGCAAUUGACUUGGAGAGGCAUAAACAUGAGAUAAACUUGUCUAACUACGCCAUGAAUAGAAUCCAAAGGUGUGCGUUCGAUGAGUUGAUUGACCCACAUCUAGGAUUUGCCUCGGAUUUCAAGGUUAAAAGAAUGACUACUUUGGUUGCAGAGCUUGCAUUCCAGUGCUUGCAGCAUGACAAAGAAUUCAGACCGUCGAUGGAUGAGGUUCUUGAGGUUCUGAACAGGAUUGAGAAUUCUGAUUAUGAAGAACUGCAGACUGAGAAGGCUAAAAAUUCCGAGGAAGUGUUGAAAGUAGAAAGUAGUAACCCACCAGCUUCACCUGUACAGGAUGAUCAGGCACAGGUAUUAAGUAAUAAUCGUCAGCGAUUACAUCCGCCUUCUCCAAUUUCUGUAAUGGAUAAAUGGGACAGUAGAUCAACUAUACAUAGCAUUGGCAAAUAAGGUGAUGCUUUUUCUUAACUAGAAAUUAUAAGAGGCACCUUGUGGCACCUCAGGCUCUACUGCUCUAGUGUAAAAUGAUGGAACUGUAUUUCCAAUAGAGAAAUGGUCCAUAACUGACUACUAUGCACAUAGUUGGAACUUUUUGAUGUAACAUAUGUAUAUAGGAGAUCAAGCUAUAUUUUUGCAACAGGACUUCUCCAAUUCAAAGAGAUCUGUGCUUUACUUAUUAUAGUAAAAAACCUUCAAAUUGUUGUAUUUUA